GAUUAUAAAAUUUUUUUUAUUAUGUUCAGGUUCCUUGGGUACUUCAGUAUUUGACACGGAUGUGUACCUUGUUGGCGCCAGUGGAGGUGUUUAUGCUCUUCUCGCAGCUCAUCUAGCAAACGUUCUUCUCAAUUAUAAUAACAUGGAAUUCGGCAUUGUUCGAUUAAUAGGCAUUUUCGUAAUCGCAAGUGCCGACGUGGGAUUCGCGAUUUAUGAUAGAUAUGCGGCUGAGCAAAUGGGUCCCCCUGUUUCAUAUGUGGCACAUCUGACUGGUGCAUUAGCAGGUCUCACAAUCGGCUUGCUGGUGCUGAAAAAUUUCGAACAACGUCUCCACGAGCAACUUCUUUGGUGGGUGGCGCUUGGUGUCUACGCAGCCUGCACAAUCUUUGCAAUUAUGUACAAUCUCAUGCAUCCAGACUAUCCAUGACGCGAGAUCAGCUUCGCGUAUGGACAACCGCGAAAUUCGUAACGCGAAGCUGACUAAUAUCGAAUUCUAAUAAAGAAGAAAUUAAAGAAAAAAAAAAAAAAGAAAACAGAGGACUAGACAGAAAAUGAAUAAUUGAAGAAUAAUUGAAGAAAUAAUCGAAAUAAAUAUCAGCGAAGAUUCAUAG